UCCUAAAAUCCACCGCAUAAAAAUUGCCUACUGCCCAGUGACCGCAAAAUGGACAACCAAAAUUCCAACUACUCUCACCAAAACCACCACCUGACCGAACCCAUCCUCGACACGGCCAGCUAUUUGGAUGAUGAACUCGGCCUGAUGCUCAAUGAGGAUCGGAUCAUCGGAGAGGCCAUGGGGCACCUCACCCUCACCUCCACAAACAACAACCACUCCAGCCCCUCCACCCACUCCCCAAACAACCUCUCCACUCACCUCUCCUCUAUAACAAACUCUAUCCUCGACCAGCUCUCCUGCACCUUCUCCACCGAGUUCUCCUUUUCCUCCACCUCCCUCCCCACAAACUCCCCCUCCAACCACCAAACCACCCCAACCUCGGCCCCCUCCCUCUCCUCCCCACAACCCCCCAUCGAUAACCUCACCAACUUCUCAACCGACUCCCUCGAUAAAUCGUUAUUUUCCCUGAAAAAACCCAACUACACGAUCGCCUUCGAGGACACAGUCACAACACCAACGGCAAAGUUUCCGUUACCAGAUUUGACCUUUUUAAAACAGGGAAUACUAAACCAACAGCACACUACUUUCGAACGACCCACUAACGCCACAGGAAAAAACGCCGUGAAAAACUUGAAAAUAGCCGAUUGGGAGAGUUUGAAAAUAUUACUACCAUUGAAUUACCAAGAACUGCUUCGUAAUAAAGAGAAACUGUCGGAAAAACCGGGCUACCUCGUGGAAAAGGAUGUUGAGGAGAAAGAAAAGGACGAGGCGGAUGAGAAUUUCGUGAAAUUAAGGAGAAAUUUGAAGAAAAGGCAGAGUUUCGGCGGUGUUGAAGUAGGUGGGAAUCGGUUUAAACGGUUUUCCCUGCAGGAGAUUGAAGAGGUUGGGGUGGUUUGCAAGGGGAUCGAGGAGACGCUGAGGGUGCUGGGGGAGUGCGGUAGUGAGAUCGAGGGGGAGAAGGAGGACUGUAGGAAAUCUAAAGGUGGAGUUAAGAAGAAACCGGUGUCGGCUCCGACAAUCUCCCGUGUCAAAGACAACAAAGAAUCCGACCUCCUGUCCACCCUCCAAAACUCGAUCACCACCCUAACCCGGCACCUCCCCCGCUGCAAAAUUUACUCCAACUCCCCGCACGCCAAACAGCUCCACGCCACGUUCUGCCCCGCUCUCUACUCUCUCUUUUCCGAUGGACUCGCCCCCUGGAUUGAGACCCUGUUUGGGAAGGUUACCAAUGGGGUUUGGAGGGUCGUGGAGGGGUCCGUCAGUGGGGCACCCACGACGCAAAUCCUCUCGGAACUGGUCCUCCGGAUAAACUCAGAAUCCGAACUCAUGGGCGACGACGGGCCACUGAAGUUCAACGCGUUCAUCGCUGGGUUGCUCAACCUCGGAACGCUCCCCUCUUAUCUCUCCCUGCUCCACACAAAGGACCGUCUGAUCCGGACCCACUACACCCCGACCGCCUUCCUCUACACGAUAAACACCACCAAUAAACCCCCCUUCGACUCUUUACUCACCCAAAUGAAGCCCUUCAACCGGAUCCGCUAUGAUUUGGACAUUUUCUACGAAACAAAGUUACUUUAUUGCAGAAUCAACUCUAAUUCGAACAAUAGGAUGAAGAGGAGUUUUUCGGAUGAUUUAAAUAAGGUGAAGGAAGAGGGAGGGAGAUUAGCCAAGAGUAAAACGCAUGGGGGGAUUGAUAAAAUUGGCAAGUUUAAAAAGUUGCAGUUGCAGUGGGAGAUGAUCAGUGUUAAUAGUGGUGGGAGUAAUAAGAUAACGAGUCCCACGGGGUCGACGGGAAGUAAAAUCCCCAGGUUUGUCGGUGGUGGGAGUAGGUGCACGUCGGCGAGGAAGUAGUUAUUUUUUAUAAUUUAUUUAUUUCUUCAACCGCUCCUCCAAGAACUUGUCAAACUCCGAGGGUGUUAAUUGCGUGGAUUGAGGCGGCGUGGCUGGGACGGGUG